CUCAGCUGCUACACACAGAGAACCGUGUCAGGGUGCCGUGUCGUCUAUCUAAAAAUUCUGUUGACACUGACAUUGCCCUGGCUAGAUUCAACUCGUACCAAGUGCGGGAAAGUGAAAGACAUUGUGCCAACACUGCAGCUCUCACGUUACAUGUCCAUUUUCGCAAAGAAGGUCGAUCGUUUACUGGGUGCAUCCGUUCAUUUGUCUGGUUCAUUUCUGGUCAGUGCGAUAACGACCCCCGUCCCCCAGUGUGGUUGCCUGUUAUUUCUAACUUAGUUUAAAUUACUGGCAGAGGAGUGUAAACUGGCAGAAGACCGGUAUGCGACUGCCAUCCAUAAUAAAUUAAUUGUCUGCUGUGUGUUUUUCCUGAUCUGUCUUCGUAAUCGGUCGGUCUUCGCAAGGAAGAGCGCAUGACUGGCAGUCAUGGAUGUGGAGACGUUCGUUUCCAAGACGCUGGAGCUCCUUCAAGAGGAGAGAGAAUGCGAAAUAGAGGAAACCAGACUUCUUCAGGAAAAUAUCUCUCUGAAGCAUCUGCAGCAUAAAGGAGUGUGUCUUCUAAAGCUGCAGAUAGGCAGUCAACGAACUGGUCUGUAUGGCCGCCUGCUGGUUGUCUUGGAGCCCAGAAAGAGGAUUGGGGCAUCUGUGCUGCCCAGCAAUAGCCUUGGACCAGGUGACAUCGUGGGCCUGUAUGACUCGGAGGGCUGUAGCCAGAGGAGCCAGCUGGGCACAGGGGUGGUGACUCGAGUGACUCAGACAUCUGUGGCAGUGGCGUUUGACGACGGUCAAGAUGGUCUCAACCUUGACAGCGACGGAGUCUUCAACAUCAUGAAGGUGGCCAAUGACGUCACCUACAGGAGACUAACAAGUGCACUCAACUCUCUGAACGGCUACGGUAGUGGACCAGCAUCUCACCUCAUCGGUGUUCUCUUUGGAUUCUCGCAGCCUGCAGAGCUCUCAUCACAGAAUGACUUGGAGUUCUAUAACACGGGACUUGACCACUCCCAGAGGGAGGCUGUGAAAUUUGCCCUGCAGCAGAAGGACCUAGCUGUCAUACAUGGCCCGCCGGGCACGGGCAAGACCACCACUGUAGUGGAACUCAUUCAGCAGGCUGUGAAACAAGGAAACAAGGUGCUGUGUUGUGCUCCAUCCAACGUUGCCGUGGACAACCUGGUGGAGCGGCUGGCCCACGGCAAGGUGAAGGUGCUGAGGCUGGGCCACCCUGCACGUCUCCUGGACACCAUCCAGCAGUACUCCCUGGACGCCAUCCUCGCCCGCAGUGACAACACUGACAUCAUCGCAGACAUCCGUAAAGACAUGGAUAAGGCCCUUAGUGAGAUGAAGAAGACAAAAGACUGGGGCAGCAGGAGUGGACUGAAGAGAGAGCUGGGAGACCUACGCAAGGAGCUGAGGAGCAGAGAGGAGGAAGCCACCAAACAGAUCCUCAAGAGAGCCAGUGUCAUUCUCGCCACCAACACUGGAGCGUGUGCUGAUGGGCCUCUGAAGCAUCUGCCAGCGGAUCACUUCGAUAUGGUGGUGAUCGAUGAGUGUGCUCAGGCGCUGGAGGCCAGCUGCUGGAUCCCGCUCCUGCACGCCCGCAAGUGCAUCCUGGCUGGGGAUUACAAGCAGCUCCCGCCCACCAUCAAGUCCCACACGGCUGCCUCUAAGGGUCUGUCGGUGAGCCUGAUGGAGCGGGUGAUUAAGCAGUACGGGGAGGAGGUGGUGCGCAUGCUGACCGUUCAGUACCGCAUGAACAGGGCCAUCAUGCAGUGGGCAUCGGAGCGGAUGUACCAGGGCAGACUCACCGCACAUGCCUGCGUGGAGAACCACUUGCUGAAGGACCUUCCCGGAGUGUCCAGUGUGGAGGAGACUAGCAUUCCCUUACUUCUCAUAGACACAGCUGGCUGUGGACUCAAUGAGAUGGAGGACACAGACGAGCUGUCCAAGGGAAACGAAGGAGAGGCAGACAUUGUGGCCCUGCAUAUCAAAGCAUUGACGGAAGCUGGCCUGAAAGCAAAAGACAUCGCUGUUAUUGCACCGUACAAUCUCCAGGUUGACUUGCUGAGGCAGAGACUCUCUCAAAGGCACCCAGAGCUGGAGAUCAAGUCUGUGGAUGGCUUCCAGGGCCGAGAGAAGGAAGCUGUUGUCCUGUCCUUGGUCAGGUCAAACCGAAAGGGUGAAGUUGGCUUUUUGGCAGAGGACCGGAGGAUCAAUGUGGCCGUGACCCGAGCUCGUCGGCAGCUCACAGUGGUGUGUGACUCCCAGACCGUCCGGAACCACGACUUCCUGAAGUCCCUCGCGGACUACAUGACUGAGCACGGCGAAGUCCGCACUGCCUUCGAGUACCUGGAGGACGCAGUGCCACAGAACUACACCCGCGACCCCAAAGAGGCCUCCAAACAGCCCCUGCAGACAGCCACGCAGAAGCAGAGUCGAGGGGAGUCUCGGAAAGGGGCGGCAGGGGGGAAAAAGUCUGAUAUGGGAGGUAAACCUAUAGGCAGGGACGCGCAGGGUAAACCCAAUGGGGCUGAAAAACCUGCCAGUGGUUCUUCAAGGCCCAGAGAAGAGACCCAAAAUCGAGACCCAGACCAGGAAAAGAGGAAAAGAGAAGCCAUUGUCCAGCAGAUCGAAAGCUUUCUGCAGGAUCCCAGCCAGACAGAGCUCCACUUCCCUCCAUCUCUGACCUCCCACGAGCGUCUUCUGGUCCACCAGAUCUCCGAGGAGCGGGGCCUCGCCCACCAGAGCCAGGGGGAAGGCAAGAACCGCAACAUUGUUGUGUCCAGACAUGGCCCAGGGGCUCCUCCACAAGAGCAACCUAGCACACAGGAACCAGAACUGCAGCGAAGCCAACUUAAGAUGGAGACACAGGAAGUCCCCACUACUGCUCCUGAGCAGCCAAGGGAAACAGGUGCUGCAGGGGUGGACCUGAAGAGCCUACACCUGGAGCGCAUGAGGAGGGAGCAGGACAAGCGCCAGGAGAAGACCAAAACACGGCAGCAGCAGCAGCAGAGGGUGGAGGCAGUUGUCAGUGGUGCUGCUGGAAAAAGCCAACAAGCAAAGAAGGGGAAAGGAGCAGCCAAACAAGGGAAGAGCCACACUAAAUUGGGGCCUGCAGACAUCGCGGCGGCCGCCACAGCGGACACCGACUUUGAUGUUCUGAUUGAGGCUGUGGUGAAAGCUGAGCGGGUGUGUGGCUUCGUGAAAUGCAAAGCUAGCGUGCUAACGCUCGGGCAGCUUUGCAUCCACUGUAAUCGGCAGUUCUGUCUCAGUCACCACAUCCCUGAGGUCCAUGGAUGUGGCGACAAAGCCAAGAGCCAUGCCCGCAUGCGCAUCAGCAAAGAGGGAGUUUUAUACGCGGGCAGCGGCCACAAAGACAAGUCCAUGGACCCCAACAAGAAGGCCCACCUGCAGAGGAGACUAGACUCCAAGCUAAAAGACAUGGCCUCCCAGAGAAAGACCAAGACCAAAGAGAAGGACAGCGAGCGGUGACCAGCUGUACUGAGAGGGGUGUGUGAGUGUGUGAGUGUGUGCGUAUACAGCUGCUGAGUAAAAAAUAAGUAAAUAAUUUAGUAUUCACGAGUUUGUCCUUGAGUGCUUGGUGUACAAUAUGCAUGUUAGCUGGCCUCGUCCCGGGAUGCUUUAAACGGAGCUCAUGCAGGAUGAGACCCACUCUCCUCCUCCCCAUGUGUAUAGAGCAGGGGUUCCCAACCUUUUUCAACUUGGGGCCCACUCGAAAUUGUCAAAAAUGUUUGGGGCCCACCUCUGACACAAUUGAGAAUAAAACUCAAAUAAAUCAACAACAACACACACCAAAAUAUGAUUAUUAUUUAUGGGAAAUGAUUUCAAGGCCUACUUGGAAUACCUUCAGGGCCCCCCAGUGGGCCCCGGCCCAUAUGUUGGGAACCACUGAUAUAGAUGAAGUGUAGCUGGGUGUUCUAGUGAAAUGGAGGAGUAUGGGGAGGUGGUGGGACAAUUCGGAAAGCCUUCGCGCAUGACAGGGGAAAGAGGGAAGGAGGGAUUUAAAUAUGCGCGAAGGCGGGAGCAAGUAAUGACGGCUGUCAAUCACUCACGGACUUCCUCCAGAACUACGUUUAUAUAUAGACAACAUUUAAAAUGUAAAAAAGGAUAGUAAAGAAUAAAUUA